CAGAGAGUGUGUUAUGUUUUGUGAGCACAUCUCGACGUUUUUUCCUCUAAUGAAUCGCUAGUGAAUUGAAAACUUCUUUUUUAUUUCAUUUUGAUGUGAAUUUUUAGUUCCGUAUUAUUAAUGAAGUAUUUAAUAAUAAUAAGUGAUAUUUUGGUGGAAAUCGUGUGACCGAAGGCGAAGAAUGUCGAUCUCGAGCCAUAAGAAAGUAUUGAUUCUGUUGUGCGGUUUAAUAGAGAAUCUGAUAUUCAGCGGCACUCUGUUUGGAUGGCCGGCGCUCUUCUAUAUGUUGAAAAGCGAAGGCAUUUACGAACACUUGUGUCACACCAUUGAGAGCCAACACUACACGUCCGCCCAAAACAACAAUCUCUUUGAAAACCUAACCCUCUCUCAAGACUUGAUCAAUGAAAUCGAUUCAAACGCCACCGAAGUUAAAAAGUUCUCACAUUUCCCAGACUUACCAGUGAUUAACGCAACCAUAUAUAACGACAUUCAAAUAACACAGGACUGUUCAGCGCAGGAGAAUAUCUUAAACCUGACGUACACUAUAGGCAUCUUCGCCAUGGGAUUCACGUCCUUUAUAUGGGGUUUCCUUCUGGAGUCGUGGGGUCUAAGGAUUGUUAGGAUAUUAUUAAACAUUUUGAUCACCGGUGGAAGUGUUUUGCUUUGUCUCACGAGCAGAGAGAGAUCUUAUCUAAUAUUUCCGGCGAUAAUAUUGUUAGCGUUGGCCGGAGUGCCACUUCGUAUCGCAAACAUGCAGAUCGCCGACUACUUCCCAUCCAAGAGGUCAACAGUGAUUACGUUCUUCAGCGGCGCGUUUAGCGCCUCUCCCAUUGUGUUUGUAGUAUUGAAGUAUAUCUACGACUCCGGCGUCUUCUCCUUCUUGACUGUGAUAUUAGUUUUAGUGAUUUUGAGUCUAUUUAUGUUUCCAUUCACUUACUUCUUACUGCCGGCCAUUAGUGUCAAACAUGACGAUCACAUUAAGAAUAACAUUGAACUUCAGACCAUAGAAAAGGAUAGUUUAGGAAAACUCGCGAAAGAGACAAAUGGAAAAACUUUGAACGGAUUUAAUGGUAAAAGUUAUGACAAUAACGGAAAUGGGAUGAAAGGGGACGGCGAGGACGAGGUGUUUAUUAAGCCGGAUAGCAAACGGGUGCCGAUAGUGAUGGACAGUAACGACUCGGUGCCGCUGAAUGUGUCCCUCUGGUCGCUGGCAUUUAUGUUGCAUCAGUUGUGGUUCUCGUGGCUCAACACAUAUAUGGUAUUAUAUUCCGGUUCAAUGAACCUAUGGUUAGAUCGGGUCACGUCCGACACCGUCAUCGCCGGUGACUUUACCGAGACAUUUGGUAUGGUUCAGGUGAGCGCUCUCAUCAUCGCUCCCAUCGCCGGCCUCUUUAUGGACCGUAACAUCAAUCGCGCCAAUAAAGGCACCGAUCCUUUUGAAAACAAGUUAAGUCGAGCUCAGUCUGGAUUUCUACCCAUUUUGGUGACUACUAUUGUGCUCACCAUUUCGGUUGUCUGUCGUUUCUUCAACACUGUUGGCGCCGUUUACAGCUCUAUUGUCUUCAUUACGCUCUUGCGAUCAUUCUUAGUGGCCGUCGCCUCAGCCUAUCUUAGGAUCAGGUAA